CGGGCGGGAGCGACCGGGCGGCCGGCGGCAGCGGAGGAGCGAGCAGAGGCGGCGGCGGCGGGAGCCAUGGAGAUGCAGUCGUACUACACCAAGCUUUUGGGAGAGCUCAACGAGCAACGCAAGAGGGACUUCUUCUGCGACUGCAGCAUUAUCGUGGAGGGGAGGAUCUUCAAAGCCCACAAAAACAUUUUGUUCGCCAACAGCGGCUAUUUCCGAGCCCUGCUGAUUCACUACAUCCAAGACAGCGGACGCCACAGCACCGCCUCUCUGGACAUUGUCACCUCGGAGGCCUUCUCCAUCAUCCUCGAUUUCCUUUAUUCCGGGAAGCUAGAUCUCUGUGGGGAAAAUGUUAUUGAGGUGAUGUCUGCGGCUAGCUAUUUGCAGAUGACCGAUGUGGUCAACUUCUGCAAAACGUAUAUAAGGUCAUCGUUAGAUAUUUGCAGGAAAAUAGAGAGAGAAGCUGCUUUCUAUCAGGCUGAUAGUGGGAGCGCUAGCUCUGCGAGAGAGGGCACCUCGUACAGCUCAAAGAGCCAGUGCUCUGCCUCUGUCUCUUCCCUGCAGGAAAAGGAAAGGAUUUCGGAUUGCCAGAGGGAUCCUCCCUGUGGUGAAUGCAGCAGCUGCCAUCCCCUGGAGCUUGUGGUCAGAGACCCCGUAAGCAGCGACUCUCCAGACGACGUGAAUUCUUCGCUGCCCAAGGGGGUGGAACCCAAAGUAGAGUUUGACUCGGAUGAAGUAGAGGUGGAAGUGGGUGAACGGCUGCCGCAGUAUCCGACUCCGUUGUCCCUCGAGCAGAUGGAAGAGGGGCUGCACAGCGGGCAGGCGAUGGACCUGGCCUGCAAUAACUAUCAUAUGAAACAAUUCCUAGAGGCCCUGUUGCGCAACAGCUCAGCUCAGAGAAAGGAUGACGUGGUUCAUCACUUUGUCCGGGGCUUUGAGGGUAGGCCAGAGGAUGCAGGGGUAGCCAUGAGUUCCAUGAUGGACAUUCACAGCGACUGGUAUGGUGAGGACACAGGUGAUGUGUUAGUUGUGCCAAUCAAGCUUCACAAAUGUCCGUUCUGUCCCUACACGGCUAAACAGAAAGGAAUACUAAAACGGCACAUUCGCUCUCACACAGGUGAGAGACCCUACCCCUGUGAGACGUGUGGGAAACGUUUCACGCGGCAGGAACACCUUCGGAGUCACGCUUUAAGUGUGCAUCGAUCAAACAAGCCAAUUAUCUGUAAAGGUUGCAGGAGAACAUUCACAAGUAGCCUGUCUCAAGGAUUACGACGCUUUGGCUUGUGCGAUAGCUGCACCUGCGUGACCACUACCCAUGAGGACUCGAUGCCCAUUAACCUCAGCCUAAUGGAACCUUCAUCAGAAGGCCAAGAGAAGGGCGAUGCCGAUAACGAUUGGCCCAUAUAUGUGGAGUCCGGAGAGGAAAAUGAUCCGGCUGAUGAUGAUGAUGGCGAUGGUGAUGACAAGCAGGAAAUCCACAGGAGCUUAUCAGACCGAGAAACACUUAUGUAGCAGUGAGAGGAGAGUGGGAGCAUUUAAAGUGUCUCCCUGACAGUGGUUGGUCUGCAACAGAAAACUGCGUGUUUGCCCAAUUAGUGAGACUGUGCUGGUUUUUAUUAUUCCGUUUUUUAAUAGAAGAGUGGGGAGGAUUGGAAUUUUUAAUACUUUUAAGUUUUCAGUGCUGUGCACCAGAAAUCUGUGAAGAAUCUUCUGUCUGAGGUUCACAGAGGUUGUACUUGAGCAAUUUCCAGUGGUGUCUCUGCCUCCUAGUUUUCAUUUUGCAGGUGGAACAUCUCUGUUUUGUUUUGAUAACAGGUUUCUUCAAAUAAUGCUGUCAUGGUCCUUAAUCCCUGAUCUGAAAGGGGCACCGUCUUCUCUCUGAAGAUUACAUUAAAAGAAAUGUAGUUUUCAUUGAUUACCUUGGACUUCUCUAAACUGUUGUGAUCCUUCUGUAUUAGGACAGUAUUAUCUAAAUUGUAAACCUUAAGUGUUUGCUCAGACUGGAUUUGACCUGGAAACCAGGGCAGACAAACCAGGAUAACAAAAAUAUGCUGCUGCUGAAAGCAUAGACAGUAAGAAUAAAUAUAUUUCAUGUGUCCUUAAUUG